UAUAUAUAUAUAAGUAAAAGUUACUAAACAGGAAUAAUUUAUAGCUUUUGUACUCAUUGUUAAACUUCAGAACAUAAUGGCUUUCACAUAACGGUACGUAAUUCGCGUAACAACCCACACGAAAUAGAGUCCGGAAAAACGACGGUGGCGGUGGCAGCAAGGCAAACAACAGUGGAUGGUGGAUGCCCGUGUUUCUCUUCCUGUACGGUGUUAUCUCUGAGUCAACCCCCGCCCGACUCGACGUCGUGUGUCCCAUCGACGUGACCCGAGGGAGAGUGAGAGUCGUCGGAUUUUGUGUGUUUAAAAAUGCAUACGUAAAUAGAACUUUUUUGCCCGGCUAGGAAAUGCUUGGAAUGCAUGCGAAGCGUUUACGGUGGGGACAACUUCAAACGGAGGUAGGUAGGUAUUUGCGCGAUGAAUCAGUUGGUAAUUAACCAAAAAUAAAUGCGGUGGAUUUGAAUAACAUCGGUAAUGACAACUCGGCAUAUUUGGAAAGCCAGUCAGCUAUUUGUUGAGGCGAGAGAGGGGAACCCCUUUGAAGUUGUUGGGUGAAUUGUUACGUGUAUCAUUUAGUGUUUUAGUUUUAGUGUAUUUCAAUCAUUAAUCCUCGAGCAGUCGCGCCUUCAGCCACCCUUAAGCGACACCACGUAAACGCUGUGUACCACAAGCGUGCUUUUUUCAUGGUGCGUGUACACGACGCGACCGCUCCAGGUUUAAUGUACAGGGGAUGGCCAAAAUGUUUGGGAUAGGCAACUUUUUUUUCUCUCACAAAAAAGUUCAACAUGCUAUAACUUUUCAUAGAGCGCAUCAAAAAAUCUCAAAUUUUGACUGUUUUUCAACCUAUCAUAUGUGCAUCAUUGGUACAAAUUUGGGCUCGAUUGAUUAAUAUUUCGCAAAGUUAGAACCGUUCGAGUAAAACACCUUUUUUUAGGCAACUCAUUUUUGAGCUGUCAUAUCUCGGUAACCAGUGAACCGAAUUGAAUGAAAUUUUGAACGUACACUAACAAUAUGUAAAUGCUUCACAAACAAUUUAAACAAAGGUACUUUUUAUACGUUGAAAAGAGUUAUCAUGGAUUGACACUUUUUGGAUUUUUCUCGAAAAAAUGUAAUUUUUUUACAUCAAUGUCAAUAAAUUCUAGUGUUGAUAUCCAACGAUUUUCCAGUUCUGUUCUCAAAUUAUCUCUAAUCAGAUAUAUUAGAGCCUAUUUAGAUUGAAGGAAGAACACAUUUUAUAAUUUGUGUGUGGUAUUGUAAAUUUUGCUUAUUUUCCUCUAUAUGGGUAAAAACUUCAACCCGGUAUAACUUAAUUCGCCGUGAGAAAUUAUUACAAUUUAUAACGUCGUAUUAAGUAUCAAUAUAUUGUUGAUAAACUUUAAAAAAUUCAUUCAAUUCGAUUCACUGGUUUCCGAGAUAUGACAGUUCAAAAAAUAGUUGUCUAAAUAACAGUGUUUUACGCGAAUGGUUCUAACUUCGCGAAAAAUUAAGCAAUCGAGCCCAAAUUUGUACCAAUGAUGCACAUAUGAUAGGUUGACAAACAGUCAAAAUUUGAGAUUUUUUUAUGCACUCUAUGAAAAGUUACAGCAUGGUGAAUUUUUUUGUGGGAGAAAAAAAGUUGCCUAUCCCAAACAUUUUGGCCAUCCCCUGUAUGUACAUGGAUUGGCUACCCAAAUUGCUUUGAAUUUCUGUAUGUCUGUCUAUCUGACCCUUAUAGACUCGGAAACUACUAGACCGAUUGGAAUAAAAAUUUGUUUGCGUGGCUUUUUGGAGUCGAGAAAGGUUCUUAGCGUGGUGUGGAAGUCCCCCUUCCCCCAUCUCUGGAAAGGGGGCACCCAUACAAAAGAACUUGCGGGGGACUUCUUUGUGGAGAUGUAUGUCAGGCAGUACGACGAUUGCCGGGACAGCUAGAAAAAUUCCAGAAGUAAUUACCAGAGAAAUUCAAGGAAUAAAUCAUACAGGAAUUCCCAAAUAAAUCCCGGAAGUAUUUUUUAUAUAAACCUCUAGACGAGUUAUCUAAAUCUUUUGAGUAAUUUAUGAAAGAAUCCCUAUUGCAAUCUUCGAAGAAAUCUUUAAAGGAAUUCGUGGAUAAAUCCCUGAUGUAAUUCCUAGAAGAAUCAUUGCAGGAAUUCUGAAUGAAAUUCCUGGAGAAAUUCCAGACGAAAUUCCGGAAAAAAGGUUUUGUGGGAAUAUCUGAACUCUGGAGCAUUAUACUCUAAAGAAAUCCCAGUAAAAAGAGGGUGCCCUAAGAAAUACUUGUAUGAAUUUCUGGUAGAAUUGCUAGAGGAAUUCCAACAGGAACUCUUGAAAAAAAAAACCCAAGAAAAUCUUUAGAUAAAUUCCCAAAUUAAUCGAUAAUGUAAUUUCACAUAGAUUUAUUGGAGAAAUACCCACAUAAAUCCCUAGAGGAGAUCUUGUAGAUAUUGCUGGAAAUUGCCAGCAAAAAUGUCUGGAAGAAUCUCAGCAGGAUGUCCCGAAGGAAUCCCAACAAAAACCUCCAGGAAGAAUUUCUGGAAAAUAAACUUAGGGAAAUAUCUAAAGAGAUUCUUAUAGAAAUCACUGGAUGAAUUAGUGGAGGAAUUUCCGGAGAAAUUCCUGGAGGAACACCAGCAGAAAUUCCGGCGAGAAUCCUAGAAGAAAUUAUUGGAGAAAUGGCAGCAAAAAUAUUUAAAGGAAUCCUUGAAGGGAUUCCUGAAGGAGUCGGAAAAGGAAUUUAUGGAAGAUUCCAUAGAAAAAUCUCUAGAUAAAUUCCUAGCCAAAUCCACGGAGUAAUUCAAGAAAGAACUAUUGGAUAAAUCCUUACAUGAAUAUUUGGUUACACUCUUAGUUUUCUUGUAAACAUUCCAGAAUUUCUGGAGAAAUCUCAGCAGUAACUCCUGAAGGAAUACCAACAAAAACUUAAAGGUAUCACAUGAGGAAAUUCUUAGAGAAAUAUUUGAGCAAAUUUUAAUAGAAGUACCCGUAAGAAUUCUCUUAAAGAAUCCCGGCCGCAACUCUGACGCAAUCCCCGCAGAAAAUCUACAGCAUAAACUCCUGCACGUAUUCCUAGAGGAAUCCUUGAAGGCAUCUUUGUAAAUAAAAGGAAAUCUAGCAUUAUUACAUAUUGAGACGCGAUCCCUUCCGGCUGCCGAGCUACGAUAGUCGCUGUUUGCUGAUCGAUAUUGAAACCCUGAAGAGACGAAUAGAUAUUUCGAGAGCAAUGUUUGUCAUCGACGUCCUGCAGAGAUUCUCCAAGAAAUCGAUAUCAACGUACAGCCACGAGUACUGUGGAAGAGUCUUAUGUUGACACCACCAUUCCGUCGAACUAAUUAUGGUAUGAACACAGCAACCGUUGGAAUCCAGAGAAUGUUUUACCAGCUUUCAUCCGAGUUUGACUACCACCUGCCUCGUGCCAUUUAUUUUAUUUUAUUUUUUAUUUCUUUUCGUGAGUAUGUAUACUUUUGUCGUAUUGUUUUGUAUAAUUAAUUGUUUUGCGAAAACUGAACAUCAUUAGGGCUCCCAUAGCCUGUUGAUGUAAAUAACAAUAAAAAAAUAAAUAAAUAAAAUACGGGAGAUUCAGAUAAAGAACUGAUUUCUACCUCAGCAUCACGUGAUGUCUUACAUUAAAUCACAUUAACAGUGUUUUGUUUCAAAGGUACGUAAGAAGAAGAAUAUUUCAGUAAUUUGAAACGAUUAUUUAAAAUGUUAGAUAGAGCAAGGCGCUUAUAGUGCAGAACCCGGGUAGAGGUGAAUAACAAAUUAAUAACUAAAGAAUAACAUAUUUUGUCAUCAUAUCUAAAUUUGCAAUUCUUUAGUUCUUUAUGAAUAGCUCAGGAUGACACAUAAAUUACAAAAUAUGCUAUCAUUGUAAAACUUGUUAUUGACGAGUUAUUAUUAAAUAGUAUAAUAACAUAAUAAUAACAAAUGCUACUAUCAAACUAUCCUGCCACAAUAUAAAAACAAUAACAUAAUUUACCAUCAUAUUAAAAUAUGUUAUUAUUUUGACAUUCUUUUUGCUAUUAUUUUGUUAUUACGAUGGCAAAAUCAGUUAUUCUUUAGUUGUUAUGCCAUAGAAAUUUAGUUAUUAUUUUUGUUAUUUUAACUCUUAUUUCAAACAAACUAAUAGCAAAUUUUGAUAUUCAAACAUUCUAUUUUAAUGGUUGAAUUUGCCCUUCAUUUGCCAUUUCGCUCUACCCGGGAAAUGUGUUACUUUGUGAAAAAAUUACCGUUCUCAAAUAUUACGUGAAUCCCUGAAAUAAACCAGGAGGAAUCCUAAAGGAAAUCAUCUAAGGAAUCCCCGGUGGAACGCCAGCAGAAAUACCUGUGUGUAAUCCUGAAAGAAUUGAAUUAAUGAAUACUGGGGGAAAGCCCUGAAGGAAUCUCGAGAAGAACCUCCAUACUACAGGAAAGGUAGCCUUGGAAGAGUGUUGGAGGAAUUACGGGAGGAAUCCGUGAUGAAAUCCCAGGAGAACACAUUGAAGAAAUCCCAGAAAAAAAUCCUAGAGGAAUCCCGGGAGAUAUCAAAGAAGGAAUCCUGAGAGUAAUGUCUGAAGGGCUCCUGGGAGGAAUCUCUAAAGAAAACGCAGGAUCAAUCAAUGAAGGAAUCCCCGAAAAAAAAAUCCAGAAGAAAUCCGUAAAAGAAUUACGGGAAAAUCCAAGAAUGGGUCCCGGGAAGAAUCCGUGGGAAAAUCUGGAAGGAAUUUAAAAAAUAAUCUGUGUAAUGAAUCUGGAGAAAUCCUUGAUAGAAUUCCCGAAACAAUCUUGGAAGGAAUUCCUUUGGAACAUAGGCACGGUAGGCAUUUCUGCUUCCAGCAAAAGAGUCUUAGGUGAAACACUGGUACCGAUUCCAAGAGAAUUUUGGGUUGAAUUCUUAAUGGAUUUUCGGAAGGUAUUACGAGAUGAAUAUGGGUUGGAAUCCUAGGAGGUAUCCAUGGAAGAAGAAUAACUGAAAAUAAAAAUCAUUGAGAAAAUCCUCCAAGGGUCCCAAUAUGUUGCCCAAGAUAUCCACGAUACAAAUCGCCGCCAUAUGUAAUCUUUACAGUAAUAUUUGCGCCAUCUAGUGAGCCAGUUCUGAAGUAGGUUGUCCGCCAUGUAUUAAAUAUGGAGCGGUUCCAUAUCAUUUCAGCAACGAGUAAUUUUCAUAUAUCUUUAUUUGGAUGAAACCUUGCAUACAAGUCUUUGGGGGAGAAAAACGCCGUUUUGCAUACUUGGUUUGCCAUUUUGAAUCUAGCCUUACUUAUGAGAAGGGCCUAUGAAAAAUGCACAUGAUAUCUUCAAAAAAUUGUAUCUCGAAAACGGUUUGUCCGAUCGGUUUGGUGUCUUCGGCGAAGUUUUAGACAAUUGUUGGUGCUAUAUGGAGAAAAUAUGCACGGUAAAAAAAUAUGUUUGGUUUUUGUGAUUUGAACUAAAAUAUAGAUUUUCCCUCAAAAGUGACAUGUCAAUAUUUUUUUAUUAUCCUUAUGUUAUAGCUGACUGAAAAUGCUACCUAGUGCACAGUGGGUUGUUCUGGAGAAAAAUAGGUUACAAUGAAAAAAAAAUGUUUUAAAAAAUUACGGUUUUCAAAAAAAGCUAUUAAGUAAAGUCAAAAAAGUUUGUCGCCCUAAUUUUAUGAAAGUACAUCAAAUUUGCAAGAAAAAAGUACUUCGGUAACAUUUUUCUAAGAUGCACCGUUUAGAAGAUAUUACUAAUUUAAUAUUGAUUUUUUUGAUAACUUAAUAAGUUUUAGCCCUUUUCGGAUGUACUCCGUGUUUCUCCAGUUUCAAAAGUAUUUUUUUCGGAAAGAUUGGAAAAUUUUGAGUUAAAAUGACACUGACAGCUUAAAGAUUUGAGUGAAAUUCUCUGCCUUAAAAGUAUUUUGAAACAAGUUACAAAAUCCCACUAUCAAGAACAAUGAUUUCUUCCAGUGGUUUUUAUUGCCUUCUGCUGAAAACGUGCUAAUAAGUAUUAGAUACAGGUAAUUAGAUACCAGUUAGCUGUACUACGUACAGUUGGUGAUUGUAAACAUGGUCUUUGUUGGAACUAGUCCACCAUGGUCACGCUGGCCCAGGCUUGUAAACAUUCGACACUUUUCACUGCCUUCGUUUCGUUGUCGCGGUCGGGUGUCAGCUUGCUUUAUUUCAUUCGAACGCGACCGCUACCUCUUACACACAACACAAGCGGCAGAACAAAGAUCAAUAAACAAAAAAGUGGAUCAAAUCAACGUAGUCUGACACGAUGACAUUAGUAUAAUUCCAGCUUUUCGCAAGAUUUCAGCCAAUUUUGAUUAAAAUUGGUAUAAUAUUAGUAUAAUAUUAGUCACCUUCCAUCAAACUAGACGGCUGCCGACUGAUACCUCAAUCAACAACCGCCGCACUCUUUAUUCAUUCCAGGUAUAUACAAUUUACAAUCUUCUUCAAUAACAAUAUACCUACGCCAGCAAAUCUACCUCGCUCCAACUCUCCAAACUCGUACCUGACGAUACCUGAGCGUUCAACUCUACCUAUCUUCCAGCAGUCUUUACCCAGCAUUCUAUGAUUUAUACCCGUGAGCUGUAUAAUAAUGUCUGACUCGGUUCUGAAUUCAUCCAGUAUCUACUAGGGAAAACCAAACAGUAAAUGCAGAAAGGUUGCUAGAAGCAUAGUGAUUUCAUAGUAAUUUCAGCUAAUAAUCCAGUGUUUUUGAACUAGAUCCAGUGUUGUUUGAUAACAUAAUAAUUGUAAAGGAAAGUGUAACACGUUUUGGUGCAAAGAUUACAAAAUGAGUAAAAUCAGAUGUAUUCGUCCAUUCAAAGACAUUCAGUGUUCGAAAGAGCUGCGAUAUCUCACGGAUGGUAUCAUCCAAAAACUAAAGUCAAUUGGAUUUUCCAAGGUAUCCACACUGAACACCAAGGAUUUUCGUAUUUGUUCGUCUUGCCGUCUACAUAUUGAUUCAAGAGCUCACCUCACCCAAAACGAAGAACAAAGCGUAGCCGGUGGCUCAAGGAUGCCAACUGUUCAGACCAUACCUGUUGUACCUGAUUCGCAAAGCUACGAAAGUUUGGUCACGAUACCAUCAGCGUCAACGCUAAGCGCAAUUCAAUCAAAUGAAGACUUCACGAUGCCUGUAGACGUCGAAAUAUUCAACCGAGGAAUAGCAGCUAUUCGUGUUUCGCCUAUAGAUUUAGGUAAGGUUAAAAAUGUUCACUAUCCUGAAAAAAAGUGCGCUGAAAUCGUCGAAGGUGUACGAAGAAAUCUUUUUAAAUUAGACGCUAAAACAGAAAAAGCAAACGAGUUUAAUGAAGUCAUAGAAAAUAUGAAAAUUAAAUUUUUAAAUUCAGCCACAAGGCAAGAAAAACUAUCAAUUUUAUCAUUGUUACCUAAAUCAUGGUCAGUACAAAAAAUUGUAGACGAAUUUAAAACUAGUAGAAAUAUGGCAUCAGAUGCAAGAAAGGAAAAAAAUAAUGUAUUAGAUUCAUCUCAAGGUUCAAGCUCUGGAAAAGCUUUGAGUAAUGAAACAAAAGAACUGGUUUUGAAUUUUUUUGAGGACGAUGAUAUAAGCCGUGCAAUGCCAGGCCAAAGAGAUUUUGUUAGCGUAAAGACAGGAAAUAAGAGAUUAGCUGUUCAGAAAAGAUUGUUAAUGAUGACAUUAAAAGAAGCUUUUAAUCGCUUUAAUGAAGUGUACGUCAAUGUAAAAAUAGGGUUUUCAUCAUUUGCAAGCCUCCGGCCAAGGCAAUGUAAACUAUUGACUAUCACAGGAACACAUAAUGUUUGCGUUUGCACUACGCAUGAAAAUGUCAAUUUAAUUCUACAUAGCUUAAAAAAAUACAAUGUCUUGAAUGAUCUAAAAACAUUAACGAAUAGAUUACUUUGCGAAAAUAAGACAACUCAUUGCCAUCUACGAAGAUGUAAAAACUGCCCAGAUACCUCAGUUUUAGAAGACAGUUUAUUGAAACAACUGGAAGAAAACUUUGUUGAAAAGCUUUCAUUCGAACAAUGGGUUACCACUGACAGAUGUGAUUUAGAAACUAUUGUAAAGCAAACCGAUGACUUUGUUACAUUUUUCAGCUCAAAAUUAGAAAGUUUGAUUCCGCAUGAUUUUGUAAAAACCGAACAAUCCAAUUUUUUGAAAACUACAAAACAAAACUUGCAAGAUGGUGAAUUUUUGGCUAUUUGUGACUUUUCUGAAAAUUACAGCUUCGUUUUGCAGGAUGAAGUUCAAUCACACCAUUGGAACGUGCAACAGGCCACAAUCCAUCCUUUCGUAAUAUAUUAUACUGAAAAUAGGCAAAUUAAACAUUUUAGCUUCAUUAUAAUUUCAGAAGAACUAAGACAUGAUUCAGUCGCUGUUAAUUUGUUUAUUGAUAAAAUGAUGAACUUUUUACAAAUUGAUCAAAAUAAAAACAUGAAAAAAAAUUAUUUUAUGUCAGAUGGUGCUGCUUCACAGUAUAAAAACCGAAAAAACUUUUCUAGCCUUUGUAAGUUUAAGUCAAAGUAUGGUAUUGACGCUGAAUGGCAUUUCUUCGCAACAUCGCACGGAAAAGGUCCAUGCGAUGCUAUUGGAGGUACGAUAAAACGCAUGGCUACCAGAGCAAGUUUAGCCAAAGAACGCGAACACCCGAUAAAGACUGCAAGAGAGUUGUUUAAUUGGGCAAACAAACGAAAAGAAGAAGAACUUACAAAGUUGUCAUUUUGUUAUUCUACUACAGAAGAAUACGAAAAUAUGUCUUUGCAGCUAAAUAAUCAAUAUAAUAAUGCAAAAACAAUUCAAGGAACUCAAAAAUUCCACUCAUUUCUUCCUCUAUCAGAAAAUACAAUAAAGGCAAAGCUUUAUUCAAACUGCCCUGACAAUGAUGCCAAAAUAUUCGAUAUUGUUAAGAAAGUUGUGUAAACAGUAAUUUGAUAAAAAUCAGAGCGUUCAUGAUUAACAAAAAUUUUAAUCAUGAUUAAUCAUUGAUGAUUAAAAUUCCAAUUUUGGUGAUUAUUGAUUAUGAUUAAUGAUUAAUUUGAUUUUUAGGAUGAUUAUUGAUUACACUAGUUUACAGCAUUUUUGAACUCGGUAAGCUGAUGAUCGUUUUUGGUGUAGAAUCAUGCCCUGAGUUCGAAAACGCUAAGGAAAAAAAAUACAGUAGAACGGAAAUUUUUUCGACUUUCCAUACAAGGUUGAUGAUUUGAAAUUGAUUUUUGUUCUAUUUUUAAGCAAAGUCACUCUCUUCACACAUCUCAUUCUCCGUACUCUAUGCUCCAAUUGAGCUCAAUGUUUUACUGUAACUCGCCUACAUAUGAUAUGUCAAAUAAACGUUGAGAAAGAAUUUUUACAUUGUUUUUUUCUUAUUGAAAAAAAUACAUUUCUUCACAUAAUUUUGGAAAAUUUGCUAAAAUUUAAGGAGAUCGUCUCCAAUACUCGCCAAUAUCUUGAAUUUCAUCAAUCCGACGCGAAACCUGCAUUCAGAUGAUCGAAUGGUAUUAUAUUCAGCUUUUAAUUUAUGGAAAAAGAUUUAAAAUUUGUUCAACAAAACGCAAGAUAUUUGAAUUUUAUUAAAUUCCAUAUUUUAAAAAGUUGUAAAACUCGAUAUUAAACUAUAACUCAAAAACUGUUCUACUUUAAAUUUUUUGAAGCACGGUUUCGAAAUCAGCGCUAAAUUAUGCUUCAAAAACUUUGGUCUUUGAAAGAAGUUCACGACUUUCGUUUUAUUUUGUAAACUUGUGUUAUGAUUAAUGAUUACAAAUGGCUCAUUGAUUAAAAAUCAUGAUUAAUCAUGAUUAAUCAAUCACAAAAAACUGGAAUGAUUAAAACUAUUUUUAUUGUUUAACAUGUUUUUGAAGUUUCGAAAGUAAAAGGUAACCGGGAGAUUUUUGAAAAAAGAAUCAUAAAUUCUAUUAUUUGGAACAGCAUUUGAACCAAUUUAAAUUGGAUAAUAUAUUUUAUAUGAUGAAUCAUUUUUGGUGAUGAAUGAUUAAUGAUUGAUUAAUAUUUUUUCUUAUGAUUAUGAUUACUGAUUAAUGAUUACAUUGCAAAAACAGUGUGAUUUAGAUUAAUGAUUAAUGAUUAAAUGAGAUUUUUUUGUGAUUAUGAUUAAUGAUUUUGAUUAAUCUUAAUCAUUAAUCAUUAAUCAUGAUUAAAUUUAUGAUUAAUCAUUAACGCUCUGAUAAAAAUACAGGAAUAAAAAUAAACUGAUGUACAAAGUAUAAUGUUAUUUUUUAUUGCGCACAAAUACCACCCCUGAAAAAUAAGCCUUAUUCGCUCUUUUGAAUCUUGCUAAUUGAGGAGCUUGCGAUAUGCAAGAGUUGAAUGCACAUUUUCAACACAAUACACCAAAAACCACUGGAAGAAAUCAUUGUUCCUGAUAGUGGGAUUUUGUAACUUGUUUUUCAAAAUACUUUUAAGGCAGAGAAUUUCACUCAAAUCUUUAAGCUGUCAGUGUCAUUUUAACUCAAAAUUUUCCAAUCUUUCCGAAAAAAAUACUUUUGAAACUGGAGAAACACGGAGUACAUUCGAAAAGGGCUAAAACUUAUUAAGUUAUCAAAAAAAUCAAUAUUAAAUUAGUAAUAUCUUCUAAACGGUGCAUCUUAGAAAAAUGUUACCGAAGUACUUUUUUCUUGCAAAUUUGAUGUACUUUCAUAAAAUUAGGGCGACAAACUUUUUUGACUUUUCUUAAUAGCUUUUUUUGAAAACCGUAAUUUUUUAAAACAUUUUUUUUCAUUGUAACCUAUUUUUCUCCAGAACAACCCACUGUGCACUAGGUAGCAUUUUUAGUCAGCUAUAACAUAAGGAUAAUAAAAAAAAUAUUGACAUGUCACUUUUGAGGGAAAAACUAUAUUUUAGUUCAAAUCACAAAAACCAAACAUAUUUUUUUACCGUGCAUAUUUUCUCCAUAUAGCACCAACAAUUGUCUAAAACUUCGCCGAAGACACCAAACCGAUCGGACAAACCGUUUUCGAGAUACAAUUUUUUGAAGAUAUCAUGUGCAUUUUUCAUAGGCCCUUCUCAUAAGUAAGGCUAGAUUAAAAAUAGCGAACCAAGUAUGCAAAACGGCGUUUUUGUUCCCUGUGGUAGACGACUCAAUCUGUAAGUAUGUUCCACUCUUGAUAUGUGCCGCAUGUGUAUUGGUGAUACAUUAAUGCUGCCGACGGUUCGACUAACCGCAUGCGAACAUAUGCAUUCAGUUUGUUACUUCGACGCGUGAGCUACGGAUCUCGGUACCACAAGUUGGCGACGAGGGUAAAAAAAAAAAUAAUAAUUUGGAGUGAAAAAUAUGUUUUGAGUGGAAAUAAAUUGAAGCAAAUACGAGAAAAAAAAUGUGUGCAUCCGGGAAAUGAAUAAUCAUGCUUAUUCUGCGCGGCGUGUGAGAAUAAGCCUGAAUAAAUAAAAGUGAAUAUGAAGAAAAAAAUCUGAAGAGAAAAAAGUGAUGCUGGUCGGCCACACUCGCGACCGGCCAUAUUUCGGGAAGUGUGCAAUGAUGAAAGAAAAAUAAUAUCUACGUGAAUGGGAAUAAAAAGUUAUAGAAAAUAAAAGAAAAUGCUGGCUUGUUUGCACUGUGAAGUGAAUGAAAAAUAAUGAUAAAUGAAGCAUAUUAUGUGAAGUAAAUGAUGGAGUUGGAAGCACAAAGUCAUAUGCGGCUGUUCGGAAGCAACAAUUAUAAUUGAUGUUCUGGUAAGGCAACUCAAGCUUAUGGGAAUAUUGAGCGAUGUUUGCGGUUUUUAAGGUAUGUACCCUUUUACAUUUUGUAUUUGAAGGCAACACAUAACGAAAGUUUUCUUUCGUGGCGUCAUUCCUGAUGAAUGAGAAAAAAACUAGGGGUGGGUAAUGUCUGAGACAUAACCGCAAUGUUGACGUAGGACAAAGGCUGGAAUGAGGUUCCGACUUUUAUAUAUUAAAAUGGGCCCUUUAAUUUGAAGUCUUAAAUCAGCUGAUUUUUCGUGUCAUUGUUGUCCGACCUUCGUAAAUAAAUGCAUAACGGAUUUAUCACAUAACGUCGGUUUCCUGCAAUAGGGGCACAACUCAAAAUAUGUCAUUUUUGAGAUUUUGAUGGCAAAUGAUGAAAAACUAUGUAAAAUUUCAUCUCACAAAGACCCGUUCCAAAAUUCGAUGAGAAACGCGAGAUUUGGGCAUUUUCACCAAUUUUCCGCAGUAAGGGCACAACUCAAAAUCAGUCAAUUUUUUCAAUAGUCGUUGAAAAAUAGUUGUCAAAAAUUCAUGAAACAGAUAGUCCUUCAGCCCCUUUCAAUGAUACAACAAUCAAAAUUUGUUUACAUUUGUCAAGUGAUGAGAGAAAUAAGUGAAUUUGCAGGAGGUGCUUCAUGAUUGCCAAUUUUUAAACGCUUAUUCUGAAAAUUCACAUUUUUUGAGUUGUGCCCCUAUUGGAGAAAACCGACGAUAAAAGGCCUACACAAUGUAUGCUGGCAAAAUUCAAAUCGGCGGAGUGAUGUGGUGAUUAAAGUUGUUACCUAUGUGAUCCAUUUCACUGAACGCAUUCAUAAGAUGUUAAUUAGUUAAACCUUCCGUAACUCGCGCGGUUGGCCAUCACUUGAGGGUUGAGUAUUAUUUUAUUUUGAAGAUAAAUGUUCAACCGUUGUUUGAAAGAAUUUUCGUCGAAAGGAAAGAAUGAUUAUAAUAUUGAAAGGCGUUAAGCCAUAGCUUCCCAAACAUCAUAUUGCGAUCGCAACAAUCAUUAAAAUAACUAAAAUUGCCGCUAUGAAAUGAACAGAUGGAGCCACCGUAGCCAUGUGUAUUUGACACAACUCAAUUGCUGUUAACGAAAUUUUAGAUAAUUUUGAUUGCAGUUUCAUGAAAUAUUCUAGAUUCAACAAUACGUUGUAUAGUUACGCGAACAACAAUUAGAGGCCGGCUAUACUGUUGCUAAGUU